UGCCUGUGUCGUCAUCAGGAGGAAGGAGACAACAUGGCGGCGGACUCUGUGUUGAAGGUGGUAUUCGAACACGACGGUGUCUUCGUCCAUCCGAGCGACGAUGAGGACGGAGUUGAUCAGGACCUGCUGGUUUCAGGGAGUCUUCGGAUCCUUGACAAGGAUGCAGAGAUAUUGGUGGAGUUCAGACCUUUGGAGGACGCAGUGGAUCCGUCCAACAUGCUGUGUGCUGGGAAGGACUCUAGUUCGGUGGUGGAGUGGAACCAGUGCCUGGAGCGUUCCCAGUCCCAGCAGCUGUUGGAGAGCCAGCACAGCUAUGAGACAGAGUGGGACAUGGUGAACGCUGUCACCUUCAGGAAGAAGACCUGCAACAACGGAGAAGGAUCUCUGAACCACAGCCAUGAGAGGAGCCGUUCGACCUUCAGCGUCAGCAUCAGUGACCUGAGGUCCAUCACGGUGAAGGAGGAGGGCUGGACCUUCCUGCUGCUGCAGCUGAAGGACGCCUCCGUCUCACUGCCGCCGCUGCACUUCCACCAGGGCGGCAGCAGAGAGUUCCUGGACAACCUGCGGAGGUUCGCUCUGCUCACCGAGUCUCCAGAUGAUGACAUGUGUCUCCUGGUCAGUACUCCUAACAGAGCUCUAUCUCAGUCCUUUGAGAACCUUCUGGACGACAACAACUUCGGCUUUGUUAACAAGUUUAAACGGGAUCCGUACGUCACCACACUGGGCGGCUUCUCCAAAGUCACAAACUACAUCUUCGAUGUCCUGCGAGGGUCGGAGGAGCAGCAGCAGCGCCCCCCGGAGGAGGUGGCCGACCUGCUGGGAGAAGUUAUUCCAGGACUGGAGAUCAACCACCAGGAGGAGCCGGGCUUCGAGGUCAUCACCAGGAUCGACCUGGGAUCCAGACCUCAGGUGAGCCGCCAAGAGCCGCUGACGGCUGAGGACUGGACCAAACACCAGGACGGGGAGGGGAGGAUGGUGGAGACCAGCCUGCUGAAACAGAACAUCUUCAAGGGGGGUCUGUGUCACGCUGUGAGGAAAGAAGCCUGGAAGUUUCUUCUCGGCUAUUUUCCGUGGGAGAGUUCGCUGGAGGACAGAAAAGUUCUGCAAAGAGCCAAAACAGACGAAUACUUCAGGAUGAAGCUUCAGUGGAAAUCAGUGAGUGAAGAGCAGGAGAGAAGGAACUCCCGACUGAGAGACUAUCGGAGUCUGAUCGAGAAAGACGUGAACCGAACAGACAGAACCAACCGGUUCUAUGAAGGCAUCGACAACCCGGGCCUGGUUCUGCUGCACGACAUCCUGAUGACCUACUGCAUGUAUGACUUCGACCUGGGGUAUGUCCAGGGGAUGAGCGACCUUCUGUCUCCCAUCCUGUUCGUCAUGGAGAACGAGGUGGAUGCUUUCUGGUGCUUCGUGGCCUUCAUGGACCAGAUGCACCAGAACUUUGAGGAGCAGAUGCAGGGCAUGAAGCUGCAGCUGAUCCACCUCAGCGCUCUGCUGCGGCUGCUGGACUUGUCCUUCUGGAACUACCUCGAGUCUCAGGAUUCUGGGUAUCUGUACUUCUGCUUCCGCUGGCUGCUGAUCCGCUUCAAGAGGGAGCUGAGCUUCCAGGACGUCCUGCGGCUCUGGGAGGUGAUGUGGACGGGGCUGCCUUGCCAGAACUUCCACCUGCUGGUCUGCUGCGCCAUCCUGGACUCUGAGAAGCAGAAGAUUAUGGAGGAGAACUACGGCUUCAAUGAGAUCCUGAAGCACAUCAACGAGCUGUCCAUGAAACUGGACAUUGAGGAGAUCCUUCAGAAAGCUGAAGGAAUCUGUCUGCAGAUCCAGAACUGCAAGGACCUUCCUCACUCCGUCAGUGUGAUCCUGGGUUUGGACUUGGAGCCGAGCGGCGCCGACCCGCCGGGUUCUGGAUCUGCUCCCAGAGUGGCUCAGCGGCCGGACGGCUGCUCCAACGGACACUUGAGAGAAACCAGCUCUCAGCUCAGCUGCAAAGUUGCCUUCAUAUCAUAGUAAAGCAUCAGCAGGGCGGCGCCAGAGAGUCGCCAUGCCGCCCCAACCCAAGAAGAAAAUGUACAAAGAAUUUAAGAUGAUUGAGAAUCUUAUUUUUGUAACUCUUGUAUUGUGUCCGAUUCAUUCCUCCUGAAGACGUUAAAGCCUCAUUCAGAUGAAGGACAUUCUGCUCCAUCAGAGCCUCCAGAACUUUAGUUCCAUCAGAGCUUCUCUGAUGGUUAUUGUCUGACUGUUGAGUCUCUGAACUAUAAACGUGCCGUCUUUAAACUGCCUCUAAAACGGUUUCAUUUACCGACACAAAUGAUGAAGAUGAGCAGAUUUCCAUUUUUUAGUGUUAAAACUGAAGCUCCAGUUUUUCCUGCAGCAGUUUUGAGGCAGGGUUCUGUUCCAAAUGUUCUUUAAAUCUAAAUGAGAGGAGAACUCCGAGCUUCUGAUUUGUGACUUUAUUAAAGCUCUGGAUCUUCUCUGACUGAGGCUUUAUUGUGGUGAAGAAUCUCCAACAGUUAGCUGAAGCUGUAGCAUCUCAGAGCUUCAGGUGGAACCGUGGAGCUGCUGGUGAACCAGGAUGAAGCUGUUUGGAACUGCUGCAGCGUUUUCUUACUCAGACUUUAGAUGGUUUCUGGAUUAAAACUGGUUUCUGCUUCGUCAGACUUCA